AAAUGGAAUGGAAUAAAACGAAAACACAAUUUUUGAGAUUGGAUAGCCUGCUUAAGGGUAAUGAGCUACUUAUUGUAGAGAAACAAACAGCAAUAAAAAUAGCCAAGGAUAAACUGCACGAGGCAGAACAGCAACUAAAGGAGAUAUCAGAGACCUACUUAACUUUGCAGUCAAGUACUAAAAAAUUAGAUAAUGAUCUAUUGAAGCUAAAAAAUAAUCGACACAAAGUAUUCAUGGACUGUAAGGUACAAACUGCCAAAAAGUUGUGUAUUUGCUGUACUAUCAGGAAUUCUAAAAUGAUGUCAUCGGCUAAUGACGAAUGAGAGUUUGUGCCGUGAGGGACUUCCGUUUUAUCAUCAGUUUUAUUUCGUAGAAUCAAGGGAGCAUAAUGUGGACGAGGUGGCUGAGCGAAAUGCAUUGUGCGAUAAUGACAAGUUCAUAACUUGCUAUUAAACUUUGUUUUAUUUAUCCAUUAUCAAAUUACGAAUGGAACUAGUAAUUGAUUUA